AUGAAAAUUGCUUUUAAGCUAAUACAUAAGAGAAGAGAAUAUUCCUUUAUUUUGAAAUCUUAGAAUAGGUAUUAGUGGGCCAAAUUUUUAUAAUUCAAAAUACCCCCUCAAGACCUAUCAUUUACAAAUUUGUAAACCACUCUUACUUUGUAUCUCAACUUUUUGGCCUCUGUAUAAUUUCUCUCAAUUUCUAUGAACCCUAAUUUUUUUCCUCUUAUAGUUACCUAAAUUCGCAGCAUCUACUCAAGUUGUUCGCAUCUACAGUUAAUUUUGAUUAAUUUCUGUUGUUUUCCUAUUUAUUUUCUUCAUCUAGAGCUAUAUAAAAGGAGUCAAUGAUAUCCAUUGUUACUCAACAAUAUUAUGAACUCUUCACGAACACUUUGAUGUCUGCAAAUUGCUACAAAAACCAUUAGCACUUAAACAUCCAACUAAAAAUCAUUAGAACCUAGGUAUUUCUUGGAUUUUUGUGAAUUUAUUGGAGCUGUUUUGACGAAGAAUAUGUUAGAAGAAUUAAUUAUUCAAGAGUCACGAAAGCGUGCAAGAAAAAAUGAUGAUGAUAGAGAUAAUGCUUUGUCAAUUGUGAGUUUCGUUUUAGUAGUUUUAGGAGCACAAUAUAGUCAGAAGUAUAGGGUGAGAGAGGUCUCUUGGGAUGAAAAUUUUCGUGCUCAAAAGAGGGCCUUUUGGAUGCUAGACUUGAAAAAUGAUAGGAUAUGUCGCGAUCAAUUGCGUUUUGACACACACUGCUUUGAGAAGUUAUGUAACGUUUUGCAAAUCAAUGGAGGAUUAAAGACUACUAGAUAUGUAACGGUGAAAGAAAUUGUCGCAAUGUUCCUUCAUAUUCUAGAGGAUUAAAGAAACGUUGGAGUAUUCUUAGACAUCCGAGUUUUUUUGGAAAGAUGACUCAAGUUAGAAUUAUAAAUGCUUGUUUCAUACUCCACAAUUUCUUGAGGGAAGAGAAACUAGAAGAAGGGAAUUUAUUACAUGAGGUAGAUAAUGAAUUAUCAAAUGUACCCGGAAUUGAUGAAGAAGGGGAAGAAGCUUACAUUUCACUUGUGCGUUCAUCACCCGAGUGGAAUAAUUUUAGAGAUGAGCUUGCAAGAAAAAUGUUUGCGGAUUACCAAAGGCGAAGGGCACAACCUAGGAACAAUUAAAGUGGGAGAGAUCGAACAAGCAUUAAACUACUUAAGGAGCCAUCAGAUGUGAUCUCGAAGAUAAUACAAAGAAUUGUUGUGUUUGAUUGAAGCUUAGGAUGGUUUUGUAGGGUUUUACUAAAUAGUUUUGAAUAUGGCAGUACUUGAGUAGUAGUUUUAUGGGAAUCUUUAUUUGUAUGUUCAACUAAUUAUUUUGACUCAUGUUGUAGUUUAUUUAUGAUAAGGAACAAACAAAUGAAAAGGCAAUUGUGUUCAAGCUCAACAUCAAAGAGAGGUUACGUAUCUUGAACUCCCCAAAUGGAUGCAAUUCUCGCUUCAACAUUGAUUGACCAAAUAAACGAGGGGAAUAAAGCUGAAGGUGAUUUCAAGCCUCAAGCUUAUCAAGCUGUUGUUGAUAAGUUAAGGAAUGAGUUGGGCAUAUUUAUUAUGAUGGAUCAUGCCAAAAAUAGGAUUAAGGUAUGGAAGAAACAUCAUGCAACCAUCACCGAUAUUCAAACUUACACUAAGUUUACGUGGAAUGAUGAGAAAAAGAUGCUUGAAAUUGGUAUGAAUGAUUUUGCACAAUGGAACGAAUAUUGUAAGGAUAAUCCAAAUGCCUCGGCAUAUAUGAACAAAAGGAUUGAGAAUUGGGAUGACAUUUGUGCUUUGGUGUCAGUGGAUAGAGCGAUUGGUGAUGGUGCUUUGGAGACUGAAAAUCAAGGUGCCCACAUCUCAGAUGCAACUUCGGGAGAGUCUUCAAUCAAGAAAUUAAAGAGGGAUCGUCUUGCUGAUGCUGUUACUAGCUUUGCGGAGACAUUUAAGGAGUAUAUGAUAUCAAGAAACCCUCCAAAGCCCGAUUCUAAAGAGGUCUACGAUGUUGUUUCAAGAGUUGUCGGACUUGAUCGAUAUGAAGUUUUGAAGGCAGUGAAGCGAUUUUUGAACAAUAUAGAAGAGUUUGAAAUGCUUAAGACUUUACCUGAAAGUGAAAAGUUGGAUUGGGUAAUAUUAUGUCUUCAGUCGUAGUAAUUUUCUAGGAAUUUUAGUUCAUUAGUAAUACUAUAGUCUAUUAGUCUUUCUAGCUAGAUUUUAAAGUUCAAUAGCAAUUGUAAAGGAACUAAUUUGUGGGGCCAAUUAUGGGCAAUCUCUUAGGGUGAUCACAUACUCAAAUUUUGACUGCAAUCAGUGUGUUAGUAUUAUAUUUUACCUUGUCAUGUACUUCAUAUGUUAGGUCAUUUUGCAAGGCUGAUUGAAUUUUGUAAUUGCAAUUACAUACAUUUACCAAACAAUGUUAGAAUUUGAAAUCAAAGAUUUGUAAAUACAAAGAUUACCAAACAACCUUUAGAAUUUGAAAUUUUGA